AUGGCCCUGAUUCUAUACCGGAAUACAAGAACUUUAAAACCGGAACCGGACACCCUUUGCGCGGGGUCCCUGAUCAACAACCGCUACAUCCUGACCGCAGCACACUGUGUGAACAGGAUGUAUUUGCCAAAGCACAACGAGGUCUGGGCCGUUCGCCUUGGCGAGCAUAAGCGAUUCUCCAAUCCUGACUAUAGACAUAGACAUAUAAGACACUUGGAGCAUAUAAUCGAACAUGAAGAUUUUGACAGCACUCGACCUUUUGAGAACGACAUCGCCCUGCUGAGACUCCAACUGCCAGUGCGCUACACCAAAGCAAUAUCUCCCAUUUGUGUACUCGGUAAGCAUAUCUUAUCGAAACCCUACAUAAGCGAUAUAUUGGAAAUAGCUGGUUGGGGCCGUACUGAAAAGAAUAUACCCAGUGCUGUCUUGAUGAAGUCCAGCAUAAAGGAAGUGAAUGAAGUUCGAUGCUCUAGGGAAUAUGACUUUUCGCAGGAGUCACAAAUAUGUGCCGGUGGUGAGGGUGUCAAUGACACCUGUAAAGGCGACUCCGGCGGUCCGCUGAUGGGCAUCAUGGGAAAAAGCUACGAAGAAUUCGUGUAUUUAUAUGGCAUUACCUCAUAUGGAAAGAAUGGCUUGGCAGGUGUUUACACCAAAACGAAAUUCUUUUACUAUUGGAUUAAGAUACAUUUGGAACCUUAAAACCUGGCUGAUUAUUUCAAACGCUUUUAUAUGUAUCAUCGCCUACACCUGUUCCUCCGAUUCCCCAUUCUCCCGUACUACUAAUUCGUGCCCAGCUUAAACUUUUUCCAAAACAA